UAGACAUGUACUUAUCUUAGAUGGUUCGUUCAUGAAGGCAUAUUACAAAGGUACUUUGCUUACGGCGUGUGCUCAAGAUGCCAACAAUCCCAUAGUUCCCUUAGCAUUUGCAAUCUAUGAUUCUGAAACAAAAGCAACUUGGCUAUGGUUUCUAACCAGAUUGUGUGGUUCAAUCUCUAUGCGACGUGAUAUGUAUAUUUUGUCUGAUCGCAAUGAAGGCCUAAUAUUUGUUGUUGCUGAAGUUUUUCCCCAUGCUCUUCAUGGCUUUUGUGUUGAACACCUGAGGUGCAAUUUAAUUUUAAAAUUUAGAGGUGGUGCCAAUGGUCUUGGAUGAAAGUUUAAAGUUGCUUAUUCAUCUAACACUAUACAAGCACUUGAGGAAUAUUUAUCAACGUUGGACUCAGACGAUACUAGGAUCCGACCUUGGUUAAAUAAAAUUGGUAAUCAUAGAUGGCUAAGUGUAUUGCUGGUCCACGCAUAUAUGGCAUCAUGACAUCAAAUUGUGCAGAAUCGUUAAACAAAGUAAAUGUUUAUACCAGAGAGUAUUCAGUUUGUAAAUUGGUUGAUUCUUUGCGUGAAAGAAUGCAACAAUGGUUCACGGAAAGAAGUGAAGAAGCUCUUAUAACAUCUACUUUUUUGUCACCCAAACGCGAGAACCAUUUAGUUGCUUUGCAAGCUCAAUCUACAUGCAUACAGGUCAAACCAACUUUUUAUUUCGAGUUUGAAGUUGUGGAUCGCUACUGUAGAUCUUUUGUUGUUAACCUCAACCACAAGACAUGCACUUGUGGCGUUUUUCAAUUGGGACAAUUUGUGUGUGCUCAUGCAGUUGCCGCUAUUCGUGUUCGCCCGCGUUUAUCCUGUUAUGACUUCAUCUCACCAAUCUAUUCACGUGAUUCAUGGUUUUCAACUUGGAGUGCUGUUGUACAUCCCAUUGUUGAUCCACAAUCAUGGUUGGUGCCUCAAGAUGUUCGUGAUAAGAUUUGCAAGCCGCCAAAUUGUCUCAAGAGACCUGCUGGACGUCCUAAGAAGACCACAAUUCCUUUUGUUGGGGAGUUUCGUGGAUCUGGAUCUAAACGUCAAAAGUGUUCUCGUUGCCAUGUACUUGGGCAUAAUAAAAAAUCUUGUCGCA